AACCAUUUUGUUUACAAAAUGGAGUCAUGCGUAGCAUUUCCCUCUUGCCUAGUCCUCUCGUCACCGUGCUCCAGGGCUACCGAGAGCAAAUCGCGCUGGUUAGCUUGCCACCUCACUCCGCGUAGCAUCCCGCUCCCCACUGCCCACCGCUACCCUAAUCCUGGGCAGUUAGGUUUUUUAGAAUUCUAAAAAAAACUAAUCCUGCUUGGCAUAUAUUCCCGCUUCCGCCACUAGCUGCGCCGAGCUGCCUGCAACCGCCCAUUACCUGCUCUUCCCCGCCGUCGGUGCUGGUGGGCUGCAAAGGGGAACCCACUUCCCGCCGUCGGUGCUGGUGGGCGACCCGCCGACCGCGCAUAGCUCAUCUCAACCCCGCGGCCAUGCCGUGUCACGUUGCUUUCCACAGCUAGAACCCAAGCAGGGAGGAAGAGAGGCGAUCGAGCAGGGAGGAAGAGAGGCAAUCGAGUAGGGAGGAAGAGAGGUGAUUGAGCAGGGAGGAAGAGAGGCGUUCGAGCAGGGAGGAAGAGAGGCGAUCGAGCAGGGAGGGAGAGAGGCGAUAGAGUAGGGAGGACGUGAGGAGAUAGAACAGGGAGGGAGAGAGGCGAUCGAGCAGGGAGGAAGAGAGGCGAGCGCGAUAGAGUGGGGAGGAGGAGAAGGGAGAGAUCAGGAAGGAAGAGAGGCGAAAGAGCAUGGAAUAUGAGAAGCGAUAGAGCAAGGAGCAAGGAGAAAGAGAUCAGGGAGGAAUAGAGGCGCAUAAGAACAUGGAGGAAUACAGGCACGAGGCCUCUAGGGGGGAAGAGAGGAGAGAGAGUGGGGAGGGCAGAACAGUGGGAGUGAGCCAAGAGCAGGGAGCGAGAGCGUCACUGGUGAGAGACACUGGAAGGAGAGCAAGAGCGAGAGCAGGGAGGGAGAGAUACCAGGGUGCAGGGAGGGAGAGAGACCAGGGUGCAGGGAGGGAGAGCGAGAAGAGAGCAGGGAAGGAGAGAGACCACGGUGCAGGGAGGGAGAGAGACCAGGGUGCAGGGAGGGAGAGAGACCAGGGUGCAGGGAGGGAGAGGGUCCCCUCCCCGCCCUUGGGGGUAGGAGAGGAGGUGGCUCGUGAGAGGCACUUUGUCCCCCUUUCACUGCUACUUAUGUCUUCAUUUCGCCAAUCCCCUGUUGUCCCAAUGUUUACAGGUAACCCACGGCCCAUGAGGAUGGAGGGUAUAGGCGUGGCGCACCCGGUCACAUGGCGGAACUAGUCAACCUGCAGUUAAAUUUGGGAGAACACCAGAGUUAUUGGCUGUUUAGUUGCUUGCUGCUUCCAAGCUUUUCAAAGCAGCUUGAACAAUGAACACCAAGUAGGCAUCUGACUGCUCUGGAAUUUGUUACAUAUAACCAUAGACUUCUGCAUGUAUGCAUAGAUCCUAGCCACCACCUUGAUCCUCGUAGCUACAGCCAUAGGCCCCCUGAAGCAUGUACCGGUAGCUUAUUCUUACGCCCCAGUAUAAUGCCCUUCCACAUUU